AUGAAGCGCAGUGCCGCGGCCCUCGCGGCAUGCUGCGGAAUGGCCCUGCUGCUGAGUGUCAGCUUCAUCGAUUUGGGCUCUCCCAGCUCAGGUGCCAUCUAUGAGCUGCCCGAGACCGACCCCCUGGUUGCACCCCCUGCCGGACUCACCCAGUUCACCCCCGACCAGAUCCAUGUCACCCUGGGAGAGGCCUCAGACGAUGGCGGCUCAGUGUGGGUCUCGUGGGCGACUGGACUGGAGACUUUCGUCACCAACCCCCAGGCCCCAGCCUACCCUUCCAACAGCGUUUACGCCCCCCAGACCCCUGACCCUUCCUCUGUCGCCUCCAUUGUUGAGUGGAGCCUGACAGCUGGCGGUCCCUACACCAAGACUGCCAAGGGAUAUGCCCGCAGCUACAUCCAGACGUAUCUGCAUGAUGGAAACACAUAUGUGUCCAACUUGCUGCACCACGUCCACGUGACUGGCAUCCCCUAUGGCAAGACCAUCUACUACAAGUGCGGAGACCCAGCCAAGGAGCUCAGCGCUGAGAUUCCGCUCACAUUGCCUGCCAGCCUGAAGCCCAAGACCCUGACAUACCCCUUGAGGCUAGGUGUGGUUGCUGAUGUUGGUCAGACCAUAAACUCAUCAGUCACCUACCAGCACCUGGUUGCUAACAAGCCCGACAAUGACAGGGGCGGCGACGGCUCUGCAGCUGUGGUUACUCCUCCCACCAAUGCAGUCCGAUAUGCGAACACAACCAAGACCCUGGCCCAGACCUACCAGCCCCGCUGGGCGACCAUGGGCCGUCUUCUACAGAACGCUGGAAACGGAGCAUCGCUCACCUACCAAUUCCUGCCAGGCAACCACGAGAUUGAGCGCGACGAAUACCUGCGUCCGUUCCAGGGUUACACCAACCGCUACCGCCACUCGUAUGAGGCUUCAUACUCCCAGGACCCGCUCUACUACUCCAACGAUGUUGGACCAAUCCAUCUGAUCAUGUUGAACGCGUACGACGGCUAUCUGCCAAACAACACUCUGGACGUGACAAUCAACGGUGUCAGCCAGGUUCUUCUGGGCAACAGCGGGGGUCCUGCCUUCCCCACUGGAAACUACCCCCAGUCCACUCUGGGCGCUGUCCAGCUGUCGUGGCUGCUUAAUGACCUGAAGCGGGUGAACCGCGCCGUCACUCCCUGGGUCGUCGUUGGAUGGCAUCAGCCACCGUACAACUCUUACUCGGUCCACUACAAGGAGGCCGAGUGCCUGCGCCAGACGCUGGAGCCCUUCCUGUACAACUACGGCGUCGACGUCGUCAUGCACGGUCACAUCCAUGCGUACGAGCGUACCUUCCAGACCCUGAACUAUGUAAAGGAUGGCUGUGCCCCUCGCUGGCUCACAAUGGGUGACGGUGGCAACCAGGAGGGUCUGUACAGGCAGUUUGCAGCCCAGGCUGGCACAUGCACCAACGCGGCCUGCGCCAAUGUCAGCCCGAGCCCGGCCCCUCAGUUCUGCACCACUCUCCAGAACGGCCUCUAUGCUCCCACCAACGGAGCCCAACCCUCCUACUCGGCAUACCGUGAGCCUUCCUUCGGCCAUGGCAUCCUGACUGUGCUCAACUCCACCGUCGCCCAGUGGCAGUGGUACCGCAACCAGGACAGCCUGCCGGUCGUCAGUGACUCGGUCUACUUUGUGAGGAACCCGGCCUGCAACAACUACAGCCCAGGCACCCCGGCGGAGGCACCUGCAACCCCGCCAGCAACCGAAAAGCCCAACAUCAUCCAGGACAUCAUCAAGGCAAAGCAGGAGAUCAACGGACAGAUUGCAGGCGCCAUCCUCGGUUGA